CUGCAGCUGUAGGACACACAGGAUAGAGCCCCUGCUCGUUAAGCCCCUGGUAAAGCGGGGUACAGGCCACAGUUAGAAGCUUUUUAUAGAAACUGAAGGCAACUUGCACCCCUUGCACUCAACCUAAAGCAUGUCAAACCUAUUGCGUGGACUAGCUCGCCGAGCAGGCGCACAGCUCCUUCGGAACCCCCGGACUCGAGGUGGCGGAGGUGAAUAUCCAGGGGGCAGCUUUUGGUCUGAGGGAACGCAGACAGGGCACAAUGGAUUCCUGUUUGGCGAGCUGCCUCCGGCGCCUGGGCAAAUGCGCAAGGCAUUGUGGUGGGAGCCCUGGUGGUACAUUGGAUAUGGUGGGACAGCCGUGGGCAUUUUCCUGAUCUACAAUGCAAAGCCGCUGGAGGCCUUCGACAUCAAGUAUUGGGCCAAUCCGCGAGCAGCUGAGGAGCUGGAGGUGGAGAUGCGGAUGCUAGACAAGCUGAAUGAACGUCCCGAAUUGAAGGACCGCCUUGUGGCUGUCUGCAAGGACCUGAACUUAAUUGAAGAGGAGGCGUAUGACCUUGUGCUGAUGCGCAACGAGUACAAGGUUCAGCUUGGGCUGCACACUGGACGCGUACCGGAGGAGUUGAAAGCCAUUUAUGAUGAGCUAGAGGCUAAGGAAUGACCAGCCUGGGACUGGGGAGUAGGACUGCCAGAGUGGCCGUAGUGCCAAACAGCAUGGGUUGUGUGUUUGAUACCACGCUUUGACAGCGCUGGAGAUGUAGCGACGCUUUUUGAAGGGGGAACAAGGUGAGGGGCCUAUCGGUGUUUGCCGUGGUUCGGUGGGGUUGCUAAAGUGGCUAACGAACGCUGUUCCCCCAAGGGAAAUGCAGCCGCAAGAGCGCUACGAUGAAGUCCGCGAAUGUACAUUUGCAGCUCCUGGCUUACGUUCGAGACUUAGGGUAACAUUUAUGUGUUAUUUGUGGAAGGGACUGGCUGGGAAACCAUGUGCCUGGAGAACGCGUGCUGACGUUUUACUAGUGGGUUCGCUGCGUUGCGAGGUGAAGUCUGAACGUUUGGCCUUCGUUGGUAAAGCACACACGUUUGUUCAUUAUUAAGCUGGCAUUUGGAUUAAGCUGUACCAUGAAGGUAUUCCUU